UUUUUCUAUCCACUCAUUUCUCCAUCACCUUCAUUAAGCUUGUACCCCUCCAUCAUUCUCCUUCAUUACCGUUGUCUUUCUUUCCUCGUCUCAUACUUACUCCAUUGACAAAAAGCUCGUUAUGGAUUGGCUUGUCAUUAAAGCUGGCACAUUUCUCAAUUCCUCUGCCGCGGUCCUCGAUCAUGUUGUCCAAUCUGGGGCUCGCUUCGAGGCUACGCUAUCACCUCCUGCCAUGCGAGUCGUAAAAGCAGUGCUUGGCAACGAUGUUCUCUCGGCCGGAUUCUUCCUCAUGAUUGUUGGAAGUUUUUACACAUUUUUCAAGGACUUAAUCACCCGGUACUACUACGAGGUUCAAUCAUGGUUUUAUGUGUCUGUUCAAGUGCAGGAAGGUGACGACUGCUAUAAAUGGCUAUCAGAAUGGGUUGCUGAGCGACCUCUCACAAAAUCAGUCCGUCACUUAACUGUCAAGGCCGUCUGGGAUGAUGAUGAAGAGGAGCAAGGAUACUAUCGCAGCAAUAAUGACUCUCGUCAAAAUGAACGCCCCCGACUCUUGUUCCUGCCAGGCAUGGGAUCGCAUGUCCUUUAUCACAAGGGCUUCAAGGUGAAUGUGUCGCAGGAACGGCCAGAACAGGCUGCUGGUGCAGAUAACGAGCAAUCUCGUAUCUUGGCCUCAAUUCAAAAGAAACAGUCUCUAACCAUCUCAACCUUUGGUUGGGACAUCUCUCGGCUUAAAAUGAUUGUCCAAGAUGCGAUGGAAGAGUCAUACAAGAAAAAGGAGGGCAAAACUACCAUCUACACCUCGCAGCCAUAUGACAGUUACUGGUCGAAUUCAUCAACCCGCUCCCCUCGCGCUUUUCAUUCUGUGAUUCUUGCAGAGGGUCUCAAAGAGGAACUCUUGGAAGAUAUUAGCACAUUUCGCAAUUCGGCUCAUUGGUACCAUGACCGUGGUGUGCCAUACCGCCGUGGCUAUCUCCUCCAUGGACCUCCAGGAACAGGAAAGACGUCCUUUAUUGUGGCAUUGGCUGGUCAUUUGCGCAUGUCUGUUUGCAUUGUUAACCUGGGUAUCUCAGGCCUCAAUGAUCAACAGCUGGAUCAAUUAUUGAAUAAUGCCCCCCGUAACAGUAUUUUGCUCAUGGAGGAUGUGGAUGCGGCGUUAGUGAGGCGUAAGGCAGGAAAGGCUCAGUCAGGAUCCAACAAUGUCACACUUUCAGGAAUCUUGAAUGCCCUUGAUGGAAUAACUGCUCAGGAAGGAAGUGUCGUAUUUAUGACCACCAAUCACAUCCGAAAGCUCGCACCCGCUUUGAUUCGUCCUGGACGUUGUGAUCGCAAGCUUGUCUUUGACUAUGCUGAUAAGCAUCAGAUUCGAGGAAUGUUCCUAAAAUUCUUUUUAAGCAGAUCUUCCGAAGGCCAAGCAACUAAUGAGCCUACCACUCCAGUCCGCUUCAGGAAUAAGAAGGCUACAGAAAAAUCGGCAGCAGCAGCAGCAGCAGAUUCUGAUCCAAAGGAACAGGCCCGCAAGGACGCAUAUGACGCCAAGAUUUAUGAAAUUGCAGACCAAAUCUGCGAGAAGAUCACAUUUGAGGACUCGGUGACAACAGCUCAACUCCAGGGUUUCUUUAUGCUCCAUCGAGAUGAGCCCGAGACCAUUCUUGACAAGGUUCCAGGAUUUUUAACUGAGCUAGCACAUGAACGCGAAAUGCUCACCGAAAAGAAGGAGAAGCGGCGCCAACGCCGUACAAUGAAGAAGGCCAAGAAGCAGGCUCGGGAAAAGAAGGCCAAGGAAGAGAAGGCUGCACGUAUUGCAGCAGGUGAGACCGUAGAGAGUAGUAGUGAUAGCGAUUCAGAUGCUAGCGGUGACGAUGCAUCUGAUUCAUUCUCCGACUCUGAUUCUGAGAUCGAAGAGGAGUGGAUGAAGGCCACAAAGACAACCCCCAAUACUGAUACCAAGUUAACGAAUAGCGCUGACACUAAGGAGAAAGUUAACGGAGAUGCCGAUGCUGCCCCAGCUGUUUAGAUUUCCACCCUGUAGAAUAAACAUCACCCAUACAAUAAACAAGUUUUCUU